CCACGUGAACCGACACCGGAAGCGCGCGCUUCGUCGCCCGGGCAACAGCCACAUUCCCUACUCCCACCCCCGGUCUCUCCCAAGAAAAGUAGGCCCCCGCUCGCCCACCGCCCAGGAUCUGCAGCCUGCGCGCCCACGAGCUGGUAUCUGAAUAAAAGAGAUCGCCCGAGACAGCCUUCCCCUCGGAGAGAUGUCUAGGGUCCAGUGCCCAUUCAGACUUGGCAAUUCGUGAUGGCAGCAAAGACGUCAACAUCAAAAGCUCCCCACAUGUGGUAUUCUCAUCCAGUAUAUGCAAGAUACUGGCAACAUUAUCAGCAAGCGAUGGCUUGGAUGCGAAGCCACCAGGUUGCCUACAGGAAGGCCGUGGAGUCCUAUUUCUCUUCCCCGUGGUACUUCCCUCCUUCAGUUCUCCAUAGCACUUAUGGUCAUGAGGCUGGGUAUCCUGGGUCCAGUGCCCAUCACGUGCCCCCACCACCUUCCCACUGCAGUUACUCAGCUUUCAGAAGGUCUGGGCAGCACGCAUAUGACAGCAGCAGGAUCCAGACAUCCACAGUAGAAGACCAAGCUUUGUCCAAAGAAGAAGAGGCAGAAAGUGAGUCAGAUGAGGAGGUGGAGUAUGACCUGAGCAACAUGGAAAUCACUGAAGAGCUCCGCCAGUACUUUGCAGAAACCGAGAGGCACAGAGAAGAACGACAGCGGCAGCAGCAGCUGGAGGCAAUGCGCCUGGACGACUACGUGAACGCCGACCACGACCUGUACUACAACCCCCGCCGGUCAGUCGAGCCCCCAGCCGAGAGGCCCGGCGAGCGGCGCAAGGCCGAGAUGCAGCGUUUGUACGGGGACAGCGCCGCCAAGAUCCUGGCCAUGGAGGCUGCGGUGCAGCUGAGCUUUGACAAGCACUGUGACAGAAAGCAGCCCAAGUACUGGCCCGUCAUUCCCCUGAAGUUCUGAUCUCUGGCACAAGGGCCCCGACAUGUUUCUGAAAGGGGUCCGUCCCCAAUCUCACCCCCUUCCUUUUGGAUACACAUUCUUCUCUCCUUCUGUACUUUACUUAGGGAAAGGGGUCUUUCUACUGAAAGAGAAGCAUGUUCACCAGAGUCUCAGUGCGGGUGGAUAUCGUAUGCCAGCCACUUGGAAGACAGAGGAUGUAUACUGUUGCCAUCGUGAGAGUUUCUCUUGGCACCAAAUGAUGAUUUUGUAUAUAUCACACUUUUUUUUAUGUUGCCAGUAGUAGUGUUUGAUUCAUUAAAGUCCUUGCCUAGAUAUACAG